AUGAGUAUGAUCCCAGUUGCAUCGGAUUUCAGUUACUAUGCCGAGGAUCAGACCAUAUCGAUUCCGCCGAAGAAGUCGGAACCCACAACGUCGGCGGGCGAAAAGCGCAAGAUCUACGGACGGGAUCUGCGUGAUAUCGACGACAAUGACCUCGACAAUCUAUUGAACAACCUGUCCGUGGAGGAGAUGGAGGAAUUGAAUAACGAUUUGGAUCCGGAUGUAAGUCAACGUUUUUUGAUUUUUUCUUGUUUUAGGCAAAACAAAUAUGCAUAUAAGGUUGAAAGAAAUGAUUCACAGACCAUGUUUUUGCUUUUUCCAGCAAAAAAUUCUUUGAUUUUGUCGUCUUUCCAUAUAAAAAUCCACUCUUUUGAUAUUACACUAGGUCCAUCAAGGAGAAUUUAAAUUUUUAUCUAUUCCCCUUGUUCUUUUCAGAACUCAAUGCUUCCGCCCUCGCAACGAGGCACCUAUCAUAUCGACAAGACCCCAACAGGCCCAUAUAAACGUGAGAAACUGCUGCAACAUCUGGAAGAAGAAGCCAAACAAGAUAAAGAUUGGGAAGAGAAGGUGCCAUUUGCUUUGGGGCAGAAACGAGGUAAGCGCUGUUUUUUAUUGUUUGUUGAAUGUUUUAGGAACCAUUUCGAAUCAUCUCAAUUGAUUUUAGGCAAAGUGUUUGAGGAGAAGAACCCGAAUGUUCAAGAUGGCGGAAAAGGGAAGGAUAAGAAGGUUCCCAUGCCGAUUAUGCUCGAUUUGGACAGUGACACAGAGGGCGAAGGCGAUGACUUCAUUGAGAAAGCCUUGGACAAAGCGCCAGAGAAGGAUUUGGUCGACUUGGCGGGAAUUUUGGGUAUGAUGAUACCAAGUUUAAUAUAAUUUUCAUUCUCAAUUUUUAGGAAUGCAUAACGUCCUGAACCAAACACAGUAUUAUAACGCAUUGAAGGGCAAGGCCCAAGACGAAAAUACAGCCACUUUUGACGGUGUAAUCAAAGCAUAUCAGCCACGAAUUGUUCCAGAUGAACCCGAAAAUCAAACAGAUGUAGAUCAGUGCAUACAGUAGGUUGCAAUUUGGGUUAAGCCCAUUUUUUAUUGGAUUUUGAGGCAUUAGAUUUCAAAUGGAAGAGGUUUUGGAUAUUGAUUUUGAUUAUUUUCGACUCAAUUAUAUUGUUUUAGACGGUUAGAGACCAACGAUCCAAAUAUGACGGAAAUCAACAUUAACAACAUGAAGCGCCUACCCAAAGAGAAGAUCCGCAAACUGGUCAAGACUGCAUCCAAUUCCAAACAUCUCACCAAACUCUCGCUUUCCAACACCGCCAUCGACGAUCAGGAGGCGCGGCCUUUGGUGGAGCUCAUCGAAAACCUCCCCUCACUGCGAGUGCUGAACGUCGAAAGCAACUUUAUUAGUCCCGAGAUGAUCGCCAAGAUGCUCCGUGCCACCCUGAAACAUCAGAGCAUCAUCGAGUUCCACGCCGAGAACCAACGACAACAGGCGUUGGGCAUCCCCAUCGAGAUGGACAUCAUGAUGACCGUCGAGGAUAACGAGUCCUUGUUGAGGGUGGGCGUGUCGCUGCAGUCGAUGGAAGCAAGACAUCGAGUCUCGGAAGCGCUGGAGAGAAAUUAUGAACGAGGUAGGCGAGGGGUUUUGAUUUGGGAAAGGAUUUUGGACAGUGCUAUGUUAGCCUUGAGGUAGAUGAAUUUAAAAGAGACUUCGCCAGUUGUGGAAGGAGGGUCUGCCCUAGAAUUUGACCCCCACUUUUUUCUGUCUCAACUGAUGACAUAUAGGCUGUUAAACAACUUGGUGAAUUUUUUUCGAAAAAUUCGUCAUCAUGACCGAGAUAUGACACAUUUAUUGAAUUUCGUUUAAUGUGAUAUAUUGUGCUAAUUUAUCGCCGCAACAUUGCAGAACUGAGUACACACACGUUAUAGGCCAUGCUGAACAACUUUGUAAUUGACCCCAAGUUUGUCAGGUUACUGUAACAUACCGUAACGCCCAUGCUUGAUCAAUAAAUCUUGAUUUUCUCGAUUUUUUUUCAAUAAUUUUCUCGGAAUUUUUUUGCAUUUUUGGAAUCAGCAUCAAAUUCUGCAUCGGAUAGACUAUAUGCGCAUCUCCAGAUAGGUGUACAAAAAUGUCGUGGCGCAACCGGUAGUGGGUCGGACUACCAUUCAAAAGGUCCCGGGUUCGAGUCCAGGUGGAAGCAAAAAUGCUCAAACGCGCUGGAAAUUGUACCAAAACAGUUUUAACCUAUUGGAACUGUGUUUAAAAUAAAUAAUAAUUAACAUUGUUGCCUAAAAAGGCUAAAUUUUGGAUUUUACGAAAUUUUUGAAAAUCAUGAUUUUUGUGGGCCCAAAUCUGCCGAAGAAAUGAAAAUUUUUUGUAAGCGAUUUUUUUGUUUAGAAACAACGCAUGGCACAUAGAAAGACUAUUCCUCAAAGGAUUUCGUUCAGUUUUGCCCAAAACACCAAAAAGUUGAACUUUUUCGUUUUAAUCGGAGAGCACCGCCAGAACCCAGUAAGCCGAAGUGACGUCAUUCAAACGUGGAUACACAUGUUUUCCACUAUGGGGAGUCAAUUUUUUAGCAAAUUUUACAAGACUGAAUACUGUAACAUCAUGAAAUAUGUGAAUAUCUACAAAUUUUCAAAUGUAAAUUUUUUUGUGGAAAAUUUUCGCGGCUAUUAGAAAGAUAUUUGAAAGCAGCGCAAAAUACUGCUCUAUAAAAUUGGAAACGAUUCCGCGUAAGGACUCCUGAAAGUCAUUAUUUCAAUGUUUUGUCAAAUGCCAAAAUACGAAAUUUUUUUGGUGUUUUGGGCAAAAUUGAACGAAAUCAUUUGAGGACUACUCUUUCUAUGUGCCAUGCGUUGUUUCUACACAAAAAAAUCGCUUACAAAAAGUUUUCAUUUCUUCGGCAGAUUUGGGCCCACAAAAAUAAUGAUUUUCAAAAAUUUCGUAAAAUCCAAAAUUUAGCCUUUUUAGGCAACAAUGUUAAUUAUUAUUUAUUUUAAACACAGUUCCAAUAGGUUAAAACUGUUUUGGUACAAUUUCCAGCGCGUUUGAGCAUUUUUGCUUCCACCCGGACUCGAACCCGGGACCUUUUGAAUGGUAGUCCGACCCACUACCGGUUGCGCCACGACAUUUUUGUACACCUAUCUGGAGAUGCGCAUAUAGUCUAUCCGAUGCAGAAUUUGAUGCUGAUUCCAAAAAUGCAAAAAAAUUCCGAGAAAAUUAUUGAAAAAAAUCGAGAAAAUCGAGAUUUAUUGAUCAAGCAUGGGCGUUACGGUAUGUUACAGUAACCUGACAAACUUGGGGUCAAUUACAAAGUUGUUCAGCAUGGCCUAUAACGUGUGUGUACUCAGUUCUGCAAUGUUUCGGCGAUAAAUUAGCACAAUAUAUCACAUUAAACGAAAUUCAAUAAAUAUGUCAUAUCUCGGUCACGAUGACGAAUUUUUCGAAAAAAAUUCACCAAGUUGUUUAACAGCCUAUAUGUCAUCAGCUGAGACAGAAAAAAGUGGGGGUCAAAUUCUAGGGCAGACCCCCAUUUGAGCCUGCUUCAGCAACUCGCGAAGUGUCUUUUAAAUGGUCAUAACUUUUUACAAGCUGUUUGGAAUUUAAUAAAACUUGAUAGUUGGUGUGGUUAUGGGCCAAUUGAGAGAAUCCAUAAGUUUUUAGAUUACAUUUUGCUUUUGGACAGGGCUAUGUUAGCCUUGAGGUAGAUGAAUGUAAAUGGUCAUAACUUUUUAUGAACUGUGGGGAAUUUAAUAAAACUUGACAGUUGAAGCGAUUAUGGGCCAAUUGAGAGAUUUUAUGACUUUUUAGAGCAAAUUUUGGUUUUAGACAGGGCUAUGUUAACCUUGAGGGAUGAAUUUAAAUGGCCAUAACUUUUUAUGAACUGCGAGGAACUUUAUAGAACUUCACACGUGGAGCGAUUAUGGGUCAAUUGAGAGAGUCUAUGACUUUUUUAAGCUAGAGAAGGAAAUUGCGUAGGCUUAUAUUACACUUGAUUUAUCAAACUUUCAGUAGUGAUAAUUUUUGCUGCAGGGUUUAGAUCAUGAUGAAACUUGGAUAUAGGGAGUACAGUGCGUCCAUAGGAGUCCAUGAAAAAUUUUAUUGCGCACUAUGCAGAAAUAUUUGAGAUAUGGCGAUUGGAUUUUUUUUUUGUUUUUUGAAUUUUUUUAGAAAGUUUUGUCUGGGAAAUGAAAAAAAUUGGCAGACAUACUGUUUGAACGAACCUCUCGACCAUUUAAUAAUUUGUCUACCUGUUUUUUAGUCGAUUUACGUCAAAUUUUCACCUUUUUUUCUGUUUUCCAAUCCUUGCACUUUCAGUCCGUCUCCGACGCCUGGCCCAACGCAAACAGGCGGCAGCGCAGGCCCAGCAGAACAACAAGAAGUAA